AUGUCUUCAAUAGAAUCAUCAAUUAUUCACUUUUUAGCAUUGGAAGAACAGGUUAAGGUUUUGGCUCAAGAUUUUAUCAAACAUUUCACACCAUCAACUCAAAUUUCUUCUGGAUAUAUUAGAGAAGACCUUGGAAGCCUACAACUAAAAAGAUUGCUUAAAACGGGACAAUCAGUUUCACCAUACGCUAUCUCGACUCUUACAUCCCCUAUCUAG